CCAACCAUAAAGGGAAAUAAAACGAUCACAUGCAAGUCUUUCUUUCACUCCACGCGUCUUCUGUCUCAGGUGUCGGAUACGGGCGAAAAGUCCAGGAAUGUGAUUGUAGUUCGUGAUAUUCCUCCUCCGCACAGCCUAGUACUCCUUUUCAUGUCGUUGGAGACAUUCUUACGACACGGUCUCACAUAUCGCUGGAUGUAUAAGAAGACCCGACUUUCUGCUCAAUAUGCAUCAACAUUCACAACAACAUCAUGGCACCUUCUUACAUCACUUACAACGAAACCAACGCUCCGCCUCCGGCGUAUACACCCCACAGUGACGGGGGCGCUCCGAAGCAGGAUCCCUUAGCCAGUAUCGAUAGCCUCCUCGACGGCUUCAGGACCCUGCACCGCGAGCAGAAUCUCCCUCAGAACUCAAAGCUCUACGUCACACGACAACCCGAGCCGAUCAAUCCAAUGGCCGCUCAAGCAUGCGCCUCCCCAUCCGGUAAACGGACCAAAUGGUCCCGUAGUCUGUUCCACAUUUGGGGAGAUCUCCGAAAUUGCGUGUCGGCGUGUUUCUGCCCUUGUGUCGCUUUUGGGCAGAACGCAGAUCGUGUAGACCAUCUUCAAAGGACUAGUAACCCUCACCCCGAUCCGUUUGGCCUUUGUUGCUCCGAUUCUUGCUGCAUGUAUGUCGCGUGUAUACCCUUUUGUGGUGUGGCUUGUGGAAUACAGGCGCAGAAUCGCAGAGCGGUACGGGAACGUUAUGGCAUCGAAGGAAAUAUUGUCACAGAUUGUUUUGCAUCUACGUGUUGCUACCCCUGCCAAUUGACCCAAGAGAGCAGACAAAUAGCCUUGGAAGAGCGGCAGUGGACUGAAAUGUCACACGUUUAAGGACCUUCAAUUGGAUCGGUUGUGCAUGUAGUGUUCUUCUCUUGUGGUUUAUUAUUGCUACGA